GCACUUGAUAUCCCCAGAGUUGACUUAGAGCGCCACGAGGCCGACUUUAGCGAGCUUCCGAGGCGUGUGACGGCAACACUGAGCGGCCAUUGAGGGAAUCGCUCGUGACAAAUCCAUUCACAAAACUACUCGCGGCGCCUGUAACAAUGGAGGACACCCUCCGGAGGCUGGAGCAGGAGCACCGGAGGGCGGGGGCCGACGUGCAGGCCGCCGAGGGUGAGAGGGCGGAGGCCCGGGCGGCUCUGGCGGAGGCCAAGCGCGCCCUGCAGAGCCUGCAGAAGCGGCACAGCGACGAGGAGGCUCGGGGCCGCGCUCUGCAGCACGAGCUGUUGCAGCAGCACUCUUCGUCAGAGCGGCGCCGCCAGAUGAUCGCCAGCGUCAGCGGGAGCCUGGCGGAGGAGGAGGCGGUGAGGGCGGCCGGGGCAGACGCCGACUCCACGACGACCAGCCUGGACAGCGUGGCCAGAAUGCGCAUGGCCUCCUACGAGAUGGUCCAGCAAAAGUGUCUGGCCAAGGACAGGCUUCACCAGCAGGUACUGCAGGCGCGCGCCCGGGUCACGGCCCUCAAGUCCCGCCUGCAAGCCUUCAGGCACUCGCCAGGCAGCGUGGAGCCACUGAAGUCGCAGAUAAGAUACCUGGAGGAGGCCGUGCUGUCACUCCGCCAGCAGGUGAGCAAUCCGGACGACGCCCUGCAGUCCUUGAGGGAGCAGACGAAGGCGGCGCAGCAGGACGUGAGGGCGUACCGGCGCCGAAACGAAGACCACAUCGCCGAGUUGAAGACCGCGCUGGAAUGCGCCCACGCCCACAACUCGCGCCUCAACCUCGAACUCAGCAGGCUGGAGAGGGAGGUGUGCAGGUUGAGGGACAGGCUGUAGGGGGGAGGAGAGGGAAGAGAGGCCGAGAGGGACAGAGAGGGUGGGAGGGAAGAGAUCGAGAGGGGGCAAGGAAGAAAGGCCGA